AUGAGAUUCGUUUGGUUAUCAUUAAUUUUUAUUCAAUUAGUUCAAGCCAAUUAUGGUUUUGAAGAAUGGAGUAAUAAUGAUUUAAAACAAUUUUUAAAAGAUUGUAAAAUUAAAGAAAAUCCAUCUUGGGAUAAUUCAAAAUUAAUUGAAAUUGCAAAUAAUGAAGCUAAAAAAUUAGAAAAUGGUUAUAAUAAAUUAAAAAUUGAAAUUGAUAAACAAUUAAAACCUAAAAAAACCAAUUUAGAAGAUUAUUUAAGUUUUAGUUAUUUAUUUGGUGGUAAAAAAGAUAAUAAAACAUCAAUAAAAGAUUGGUUUUUUGAAAGUUGGGAUUUAAAUUCAUUACAAAAAUAUUUAAAAUAUAAUGGUAUUAAGUAUGAUUUAAAUGCAAAUAAAAGUGAUUUAUUAAAAGAAAUAAAAUCAAGUUUUGAUAAAAUUGCUAAAAAGAAUAAAGGAUCUUCUUAUUAUCCUGGUAAUUGGUUAUAUGAUUCUUGGUCAAAUGAUGAUUUAACUAAUUGGUUAACUCGUUAUGGAAUUGAAUAUGAUAAAAAAUCAACAAAAGAUCAAUUAAUUGAUAAAGUUAAAGAAUUUAAUUAUAAAGCAACUAAUGAUAUUACUGAUACAAAAGAUUCUUUAUUUGAUUCAUUAGAUCUUUUUGAUAAAUCAAUUUUUGACAAAGUUGGACAAAUUAAAAAUGAAUUUUUUGAAACUUGGUCUUAUUCUCAAUUAAGAGAAUGGUUAUUUUUAUAUGGUUUUAUUAAUUUUACUCCUGAUGAAUAUGUACCUGAUUUAGAUAAAGAUGAAUUAAUUGCAAAAGCUCAAAAUUACAAGAGUUAUUUAUUGCAAGAUAUUCAAGAUUGGUUACAACAUUCUGAAAAGAAACAUCAUCCAUUUUUGUCCAAAGAUGCUGAUACUUCAACUGGUUCAUCAUCAAAUAAAAUUAAAAAAGGUGGUGUUUCUAAUUUAAUUAAUGAUACUUUUUUUGUUGGGAUUGAUAAUUGGUCAAAAGAUAAAUUACGUGAAUUUUUAAAUGUUCGUAAAGUUCCAUAUUCAAUUUUCACUACUAGACAUCAAUUAGUUGAUUUAGUCAAAGAACACAGAGCCGAUCCAAUUCAUGUUGAAGCAGAUGCUUAUAUUGUUGAUAAUGAUGUUUCUACAAACUCCAUUAAACAAUGGUUAAUUGAACAAGGACAAAAUAUUGAAGGUUCAAGACAAGAUUUAAUUACUGCAUUUCAAGAACAAUUUAAAAAAUCAGGUUCAGGAAGUAAUAAUAUUGAAUCACAAAUUAGAUUUUAUACCCCAGAUUUAACCACUUAUAAACAUUAUUUAAAAAAUAAUGUACCAGGUUCUGAAAAUUAUUCGGAAAAUAAAAUUAAACAUUCUUUUAAAUUAGUUCAAGAAUAUUUCAAUAAAGCUAGUGAAACUGCAAGAGAAGAAUUCAACAAAGAAGAAUAUUCAGUUGAAGAAGCAUUACAAGAAAUUCAAAAAGCAAGUUAUGAAUAUGCAACUGGAUUAUCUGAAGAAAUUGAUGAACAUGCCAAUAAUAUUGGUAAAUUAAUUCUUGAAGCUAAAUUAGCAAGUUCAAAUUAUGUUAAAUCAUUAGUUAGAAAAUUAGUUAAAGAUUGGAAAAAAAUUGAAACUAAUUUAUUUGGUGGUAAAUCUUCGAAAUCUUGGUUAGAACAAGGUCAAGAAAAAUUACAAAAAGGUGGACAACAAGUUUUAGAAAAUGCUGAUAAUCAUAUUGGUGAAUUAACUGCUCAAUAUGGAUUAUUUGCUCAACAAGCAAAAGAUAUUUAUGAUGAUUAUUUAUCUACUGCUGAUGAUUCAGUUGAUGAUUUAUCAAAACAAGCUGGUUUGAAAUAUGAAGAAGCUGUAAAAGAAGCUAAUGAAAAAUAUGCAGAUUUUGAAAAGUUAGUUAACAAACAUGCUGAUAAUGUUGCAGAAGCUGCUGGAAAACAAUAUGAAUUAGCUGUUAAAAAUGCUAAUGAAAAAUAUGCUGAAUAUCAAAAAUCUUUUAAUAGUAAUUUAGAUAAAUUAACUACUGAUGCUGGAAAAGCUUAUGAAUUAGCAGCAGCAGAAGCAGCUAAAAAAUUUGAAGAAUAUUCAGGUUUAGCUAGUGACGCAGUUGAUGAUGUUAAAAAGGAAGCUGGUAAACAAUAUGAAUUAGCUGCAAAAGAUGCUGAAGCUAAAUAUAAUGAAUACACUAAAUAUGCCAACAAGAAAUAUCAAGAUUUAUCCAAACUCGCUAAUAAACAAUAUAAUGAAUACUCAAAAUCUGCUUCAAGAACAGCAAAUGAUUUAUCAAAAGAAGCUGCUAAACAAUAUGAAGUUGCAAGAAAAUUAGCAAAUGAAAAAUAUGAAGAAUUUAAUAAAUUAGCUAAUCAAAAAUAUUCAGAAUGGUCAAAAGAUGCAAGUGUUAAAGCCAAUGAAUUAUAUAAAGAAGCUGGUAAACAAUAUGAAAUUGCUGCAAAAGAUGCUACUAAAAAAUAUGCUGAAUAUUCAUCAAUCAUUGGUGCAUUAGCUAUUGAUUUAGGUUCAAAAGCUAAAAAAAAAAUCAAUGAGUAUUCAAAAGAUGCUUCUAAUAAGUUUGAUGAUUUAUCAAAAGAAGCAGCAAAACAAUAUGAUUUAGCUGCAGCUGAUGCUUCAAAAAAAUAUGAUGAAUUUUAUAAAUUAGCAGGUAAAAAAUAUGAUGAAUAUUCAGAAGAAGCUUUAAAAAAAUUAGAUCAAGCACAAGUUGAAGCUGCUAAACAAUAUGAAAUUGCAUCAAAAGAAGCAGGUAUCAAAUAUGAUGAAUACAAAAAAUAUGCUGGAGAAAAAGCUACCGAAUACUCAAUUGAAGCAGGUAAACAAUAUGAAAAUUUAAAAAAGGAAGCUGGAAAAAAGGCAAGUGAAUGGUCAGAUCAAGCUGGUAAAUUAGCUCAAGAAGUUUCAAAAGAUGCUCAAGAAAAAUUAUCAACUGCUUCACAAGAUGCUUGGACUUCAACUCAUAAAAAUUAUAUUCAUUAUUCACCAAAGAUUCAAGAUUGGUUUAAAAAUCAAUAUAGAUCAAUCUUAUUUCAUUUAGGUAUAUUUAAUAAUAAAAUCUCAGAUGUUGCAGAAUCAGCAAAUGAUGCACUUCAUGAAAAAAUCGAUUCCAUUAUAAACACUUAUUCAAAUGCAGAUUUAAAAUCUUAUUUAAGAUCAUUUGGUUAUAAUUAUAAUUGGUUAUCAGGAUUAAAUAGAAAAGAAUUAUUAACUUUAGCAGAAGCUCAAAAUAAAUUAUUUUCAGGAUAUAAAAAUUUAAAAUGGGAUAGAUCAAUUGGUGAAGUUUUAAAAGAUGUUGGUGAAGAUUUAGGUGAUAAAUUAGGUUUGAAAAAACAUCCAGUUGGAAUAAUUGAACAUUUGAAAAGUCUUGUUGGAUUAAGUUAUUAA